AAAAAAACUUCAACGGAGGGAAAAACGGAAAUGGGAUCGAUAGACACGUCAACGAGGGCAGAGAGCGGUUCAGACCCAAUCCCAACCCCAAACAGCGCCGCCAAUGGGCACCCCGCCGGGAACGGUUCCGUCCAUCCGCCGGCGGUGGAAUCCACCGGAGCUACGGCAGAAAACGAGCCGUUUAGGAAGAGGAAAGGAAGUGGUGUCCUGCCGCGUGGGGACACGUGUCAUGUGCCGCUGGAGAGACGGCAAGUAUCAUCCCGUUAAGGUCAUUGAACGCCGUAAAUUGCCCUGUGGCGGUGCUAAUGACUACGAAUACUAUGUUCAUUACACUGAAUUCAAUCGGAGACUUGAUGAGUGGGUUAAACUUGAACAGCUUGAUCUUAAUUCAGUAGAGACUGUUGUGGAUGAGAAGGUCGAGGACAAGGUGACAAGUUUGAAAAUGACACGCCACCAGAAACGUAAGAUUGACGAGACUCAUGUCGAGGUACUUUUUGUAUUCCUUUAUAUCCUUUUAGAGGGUUAUACUUUUAACUACACCCUAACUGUGGAUAUUAUUUUUCUCUUUGAUGUUUUCAAAGUUUACAAUAUUAUGUUGCCAUCAUCCUUCUUUUAUUCAGUCAAAAUUAGUUCCUUUAUUUGAUGUACCCAGCAUUUC